AGAGUUAGCCGCCUUUAAAACCCCAGAAGAAGACGCGGCAGCAGACGAAUCAGGAGAAGAAAAGGAAGAAGAAGAAGGAAAAGAGGAAGAAGUGGUCUGGUAGUUUGGUGGUGUUGUUUCUAUCUUAAAAGAUGUCAGAAGAAACACACCUUGUCCUGUUCAACUGAAAAACACAGUGAUGGGCCCCAGGAGGAAGGCGUCUAAGCUGCAGCCUGCAGGGGGCAGCAGUGGAGGGGAGGAGAUCCUGAAACAAAAUGAGCUCAAAGACUACAUCAACGAGCUGUCACAUGAAGUCCUCUGCCACAUCUUCAGGUACCUGCCCAUGAAGGACAUCAUGUGUAUGGAGAGUCUAUCCAGGAAGCUGAGGGAGGCAGUGACUCUGUACUUGAGGGUGGUGAAGGUGGUGGAUCUGUGUGCAGGCCGAUGGUGGGAGUACAUGCCGUCAGGUUUCACAGACAGCAGCUUCCUGCUCCUCCUGAAGAAGAUGCCAGAUCUGGAGCAACUGUACGGCCUCCACCCUCGAUACCUGGAGAGAAGAAGAGUCCGGGGAUACGAGGCCUUCAGCAUCCCUGGAGUCCUGGAGGCUCUGCAGGCCUGCCCCAAGCUGAUAGGUGUGGAAACAUCUCACCUGGAGCUGGUGGAGGCCAUCUGGAACUACAUGCCUCAGGUCCACAUCCUGGGAAAAUUCAGAAACCGCAAUGGAGGGUUUCCUAUUCCUGCUGAGAACAAACUGACCAUCCCCAUCACGGCCAAGAUCCAGACGCUGCACCUCGUAGGUGUGAACGUCCCGGAGAUCCCAUGUGUAUCCAUGCUGCGUCACCUUUACCUGAAGUGGGUGCGUUUGACGAAGCCUCAGCCGUUUAAGGACUUCCUGUGUGUGAGUCUGAGGUCAUUUGUGAUGAGAAACUGUGCAGGGCCAUCCAAUUCUCUAAAGUACGUUCCGCUGGUCACCGGGCUCGCCUCUGCCCGCAACCUGGAGCAGCUGGAGCUAGUUCGGGUCCCGUUCCUUGGGGGUCUUAUCCAGCAUGUGGUGGAGGACAGCUGGAGAUCAGGAGGAUUCAGGAACCUGCACACCAUUGUGUUUGGAGCCUGUAAGAACGCCCUGGAGGUUGACCUGGGCUACCUGAUCAUCACAGCAGCUCGCAGACUCCAUGAGCUGAGGAUUCAGCCCUCACUCACCAAAGACGGGGUCUUCUCAGCUUUAAAAAUGGCUGAGCUAGAGUUUCCUCAGUUUGAGACACUUCAUCUGGGAUAUGUGGAUGAGUUCCUGUUACAGUGUAAGAUGAGUCACUCUGAGCUCGUAAAGUAUGGUCUGGCUGACGUCAUUGAGAACCCAGGAAUCAUUACUGACAUAGGCAUCAAGGUGGUCAACGAGGUGUUUACCAACAUCAAAUACCUGCUCAUCUACAACUGCCCUCACCUGCACAACCCCCACCACUGGAUCACAGAUCAGUCCAGGUGGAGCCGUCUGGUCGACCUUACUCUGGUUCGCUGUCAUGCCAUCAAACUGGAAUCUUUCUCCCAGUUCAUAGAGUCACUGCCCAGCCUGGAGUUCAUCUGUCUGGACCAGAUGUUCAGAGAGCCACCCAAGGGUUGUGCCAGGGUGGGUCUGAGUGCAGGUACAGGUAUCGGUGUGUCAUCAGCUCUGGUCAGCAACCAAAACUCAAAUGACAAUGACAACAACAACAACCAUCAACACAAUGAGGCCAACCAUCCUGCUGCUGCUCCACCUGUCAACAACAACGUCAACAACAACAACCUUAACAACAACAACAUCAACAACAACAACAACAGGCAGAGACAGCAGCAGCAGCAGCACAGUAAGUGAUUGGAGGUGAACGGGAUGGAUGAAGAUGAGGAGGAGGAGGAGGAGGAGGAGGAGGUAAUAUUGGAGGAAGACAACAUGGAGGCUGAGCUUCAGAGGGAGCAGAGAGGAGCAGACCAGGAAGAGCGAGAGGAGGCAGUUGACAAGUCUUUAGGUCCCAGUUACUCUGCUGACACACUGAGAGCACCUGACGAUGAGAGAGCAGGCCCAAGUGGAUUGGUCCAGCAGAGCAGACCCCCUCAGGAAACUGUCUCAAUACCCCCCCAUCCCCUCUCAGACUCAGACAGUGAGGAAGAAGAGGGACUUGUGUCACGGUUGCUUCCAACGUCUUGUGUGCAGCAGACGACUUCCUGCACAGGAGGUUAAAAAUAUUCUGUAAAGGAAAAAACCCCUCUGCGGCGAAGCAGCGCUAUCUCAACAUCCUUGGGGGGCACCAGACCGGCAGUGAAUGCCCAGGUGUGUGAGGGCAGCUGUGAAAAGAGCUGUCAGGUCAGCAGCGAGCAGAUCAAGGCAGACAUGAAGGCUGCAGCAGAGACCAGCAGGAGGACCAGCUCUAAGGGAGUCAGUACUGAACCUGUAGAGACCUCAAACAGACCUGGGGCGGACUCUGGGACAGCACAAGGCUCUGGGAGUGCUGUAGCGACAAGGACUGGACUGAGACCAGUACCUGGGUCUGUGAGCAGAACUGGACCUGUUGCAGCAUCAUGCAGGCAGGUUGGGGGGUUUGGGAGGAUGGUGGCGGGUACAGCCCACAGAGGGACCACAGACUUAUCCAUAGGGACCAGGUCUACAGCAACGAGGUCUACAGGGAGCUCAGAGGGCUCCUCCGCAGCUGAGGAGGGGCAGAGACCAGGUCCUGCUGCUGCAGGCAGCCCUGAAUCCAGAGGGAGUCCCAGAAGACCCCCUUCUGGAUCUGGUCUACAGCAUGGAUCAGGUCCACACACAGAGCAGGAUUUUGUCCCCAGACGACCUUUGACUCGAUCUUGCAGCAGGAUGUCCUCUGUGAGUCUGGUACCUGAGACAGAUCUGUGCAGGUCCAGGCCUCGAGUGUCGGUGAGGAGGAAACGAAUGUCUGACAAAUCAACCAGCACAUCGGACCCUGUUACUGAGGACGACCAUGUACAGGUUCUGUCUCUGAAGAGUAAGAACCUGGUGGGCAUCACUUUGACCAACUGUGGCAUCACGGACCUGGUGCUCAGAGACUGUCCAAAGAUGAUGUUCAUCCAUGCCACCAGGUGUCGUGUUUUGAAGCAGCUGCGAGUGGACAGCGCCCCCAUUGUUAACAGGUUUGAUUUUGCUCAGUGUAAGAAACUGGACAUGGAGCAGGUCCUGGAUCAGAUUCUCAGGAUGCCGCCUGAGAGGAACCGUAUCAUCUAUAUGCGCCCCAUGCACCAGGUGGAUUCUGUCUCUCUGGAGCGUUUGCUGUUUCAGGGUCCAUAUCCAUACCACAUUGCGUUAGUACAUGAGUUCAGUAACCCUCCAAACAUCAGGAACAAGGUCCGAAUUCGCAGCUGGAUGGACACCAUCGCCAACAUCAGCCAAGAGCUAAUAAAGUACGAGUUUUUCCCAGAAGCCACCAGGACAGAGGAGGAUGUGAAGAAGUUUCCCAGAUACCCUUGGGGCAGAGACAUCUACACACUGGAGGGAGUGGUGGAUGGCGCCCCCUACAGUAUGAUCACAGACUUCCCCUGGCUGAGAACUCUAAGAGCUGCUGAGCCCAACAGCUACGCCCGCUACGACUUUGAGGACGAUGAAAGCACCACCAUCUACGCUCCGCGACGUAAAGGCCAGCUGUCUGCUGAUAUCUGUAUGGAGACAAUCGGAGAGGAGAUCUCAGAGCGCCGGCAGAGCAAGAGUGGAGUGUUUCAGAGGGUAGUGGUAGUCUUUCUCCAUCACUGUGACACACCUGGAGAACCCGUGGAUGAUGACUACAUAUAGACUCCAAUACAAUAAGCAGUAAACCCAACAGUACCCCUAUAAACCAAUCAGUACACCUUCCAAUACACCUAUACACCCAACAGUACCACUAUAUAUAUAUCAAACAGUACCAUUUACACCUUAGAUCAGUCCCUACACUGACUGUUAGUCUUCUAUGUGAAUCACCUGAAAAACCUUAAGGCAGACUGACACGUGGUGUGAUCUAGACCUGUCUCUGGUCUUGUCCUUGUCCAGACAAAGACCCAUCUCUGAUGUAGUCCUGCUCCAGAUAAAGACCUGUCUCCGAUGUAGUCCUGGUCCAGAUGAAGCCUUCAAAGUGUCCUUCAUGUUCAGAUGUUACGCUGACAAAAAAGGGGAGGAGCUAAUCUCUGUGACAUCAUUAUUUUUUCUAAGAUUACAAAACUAGCUCUCUGUCCUCCUGAUUGUCCACCUCCUCCCUCUCCUUCUUAUUUUCCUCAUGCCACCUCCUCAUCCUUCUCUUCGUCUUCCUCCUCAGAGUGUUAAAUCUUAAAGACACCAGAGGUCUAUGAUUGUGUUAUCUGUUUCUGGCUCAGAUUAUUGUCUUCACUUUGUCUCUGUUUCUGGCUCAGAUUAUUGUCUUCACUUUGUCUCUGUUCUGGCUCAGAUUAUUGUCUUCACUUUGUCUCUGUUCUGGCUCAGAUUAUUGUCUUCACUUUAUCUCUGUUUCUGGCUCAGAUUAUUGUCUUCACUUUGUCUCUGUUCUGGCUCAGAUUAUUGUCUUCACUUUGUCUCUGUUCUGGCUCAGAUUAUUGUCUUCACUUUGUCUCUGUUCUGGCUCAGAUUAUUGUCUUCACUUCGUCUCUGUUCUGGCUCAGAUUAUUGUCUUCACUUCGUCUCUGUUUCUGGCUCAGAUUAUUGUCUUCACUUCGUCUCUGUUUCUGGCUCAGAUUAUUGUCUUCACUUCGUCUCUGUUUCUGGCUCAGAUUACAGGAAUGAACACCAGGAUGUGUUCCAACAUUUCAUGUGUGUCCUGAGAUUCUCAGAGUUGUCUUCUUCUCCUUGAUUCAGUUAGUUCUCUGACAUGUUUCUCGGGUUUAUUCUGUUCAGGAUUACAACAGAAGAUAUUUUCUCUCACCCAGACUGUGAUUAAACAGAGCAGAUGAUAAUCUGACAGAUUAUUGUUAAUAAACAGACAUACCUUCAGUGUGAAGCCUUUUAUAAAUCUGUUUAAGUUCAGAUCUCGGGCGUCUGAACAUCAAACUGUUGAAUGGAUCUGUGUUCUGAGCAGGAUUAUACCCUUUGAGUAUUCUGUUCUGUCUGCAGAUUACUGAGUUUAAUCUGAUCUCAGGUUAUCAGAAACAGAUUCAUAAAAACAGUGAAUGUCAAGUUCAGUUUGAAUAAACUGAGCCUGCUGUGUUUGUGUGCUGAAGUGAUGGAUUAUGUAAUCCAUCAUGUUUAUAUGUUUAUAAAGAAUCAGAUUAUUUCACCAACUGAGAAUAAAAAACUAAAAAACA